AUGACUAUUCAUAACCACUGCGGAGGCUUCCGACCUAUUCGAAUCCUCGUGGCAACGCUGCUAAUCCAAUUCCUUCUUGUUUUUCCCACGACUUGGGCAGCAGACUGCUACGGCGACCACUCCGGCCCACAUCCCCUCGUCGAAUACACCUGGGACAUCCGCCAAAGCGUCUGCGGAAACGGCGCUUGCAAUGACCAAUUCGACACUCUGGGUGCUAGGACUGCUUGCAUCAUGUACAUGCCGAUAGGAUCGUCGCAAAUGCUUGCGCUUCAGGUCAGCGACACGACCGGGCAAUAUGCAAACUGCUGGGAUGCCACGGAGAAUAUCAUCGAGCUGUGCUAUCGUGCGAGUGGAAAUCCGGUGGCUAUAAGUACACAGAUGAUAGGAGAUUGGGAGCUCGGGUCGGAGGCCUAUGUGAUGGAACUGUAUAAUACGGAUAAUGAUCAUGAGGACGGGGCGUUUGAUGUACAGUCGUAGCCGUAGAUGAAAAUAUCGCGGGAAGUCUGAAUGCUUGGGUGUCUAUGAGAGUCGGUUCUAGUGUUGGAGAAGAGAGGACAGCUGCUGGGUGUGUUUUCUCUAAGCCAUUCCGUUCUUUCAAGCUCUGAUGCACCUAGCUUGGCG